AUGGAAAAUUUAUUUUCUAGACUUGGAUUGAAUAUUUCUAGACUGCGGGGUCAAGGAUAUGAUGGGGCUAGUAAUAUGCAAGGUGAGUUAAAUGGUCUUAAAACACUUAUAUUGAGGGAGAUUCCUCGUGCAUAUUAUGUUCAUUGUUUUGCUCAUCAGUUGCAAUUGACUCUUAUAGCCGUGACAAAGAAUCAUGGUCAAAUUGCCUUACUCUUCACUUUGGUUACUAAUGUAGUAAAUGUUGUUGGAGUAUCAUGUAAACGUCGAGAUAUUGUUAAGAAUAAACAAGCAACAAAAGUUGUUGAAGCACUUAAUAUGGAAGAGCUAUCAAGUGGGCAAGGUUUAAAUCAGGAAACCAAUCUCAAACGUGCUAGUGAUACACAUUGGAGUUCACACUAUGGUACUUUAGUUAGUUUGGCUGGUAUGUUUUCAACAGUGAUCGAUGUGCUUGAAAUGAUUUCAGAUGAUGGUUCAAAUUUAGAACAACUAGUAGAAGCAAAUGUGUUGCUGGACUCAAUUCAAUCUUUUGAAUUUGUAUUUAAUCUUCAUUUGAUGAUGAGAACGAUAUUGGCUAUUACAAAUGAGUUAUCACAAGCAUUACAAAGGAAAGAUAAAUAUAUUGUUAAUGCUAUGAAUUUGGUUCAAGUUUCUAAAAGGCGACUCCAAAUGAUGAGGGAAAGUGGGUGGACCUCUUUACUUGAUGAUGUUUCAUCUUUUUGUGAAAAGCAUGAAAUUGAUGUUCCCCAAAUGGAUGAUAUGUUUAUAACUCAAGAGAGAAGAAGGUUAGAGUUCAUGGUGCUUAAUGAUCAACUUAAUACAUGUAUUAUCGACAUACUCUCUAGUAGUGAGUUCUCAUGGUUAAAUGGAAUUGCCAAUCUUGCUAAGAAAAUGAUAGAGAUUAGAAGAGAUAAAGUAUAUCCAUUGGUUUAUUUGCUCCUGAUUUUAGCAUUGAUCUUGCCUGUUGCAACUGCUACUGUUGAGAGGAUAUUUUCAGCUAUGAAUAUUGUGAAGAAUCAGUUGCGGAACCGAAUAGGUGAUGAAUGGAUGAAUGAUAGCUUGGUGGUUUACAUAGAAAGAGGCAUUUUUGAUGGCGUUGAUAAUGGUACUAUCAUGGAAAACUUUCAAAAGAUGAAAACUUGCCGGGGUCAAUUGUGA